AUGGCCACCCCACUUGUCGCCACGGUCCCUCCUGAAAAUUACAUCCCUCUCACCCUCAAGAGCGUCCGCGCAGCAAAGUCCAGGAACAAACUUCGACAAGAGUCCCAGAUCGGAGUGGCGACUGGUAUCCGACGAAACUCACUGCCAAAAUCAGCUCUUACGACGACGACGAGUUCAGGGGGAAAUGAAGGAUCAAUAGCUGGAUUUUCGUCAAUACCACCUCCUGUCAAUCACCUCCCGCCUCUGCCCACCACACCGUCCACCUCCAACAACAACUACGUCUCUGACAAUUUAGAAAUGCCAACGCUGCUGAAUGCAAGUCCAGGCAGGCGAAGGGCGACCUCCCCGUCGAUAUUGUCGCCCCUUCAUUCCCUUCCGACCGACCCUUCCCCUUCCUUGUCCUUGUUCUCCUCCCCCUCUGCCGCUGUUGCCUCUUCAUCACGCAGGCGUGAGAGUUCCACAGCGUCGACGUCUGGACUUGCUCAUAUGCCCGUCAUCAUGCCACGACCCAUCCUCAAGGACACUUCUUCCAGGGAUAAAGUGCGCGAGAGCUGGAUGUCAGAUGUGCCUGGAAUCACGAUAUCAGGAACAUCGACUACUGGUGGUAGCAAUCGAUCAGUUGUCGGCAGUGGAGGAGUUCCAUACUCUCAAGGGCCAGUCUCGCCGUCGCCCGUGGCGCCACCCAAGAGUCUGGCUAGAGCCAACAGUGCCGGCGCAAAGCGACCGUCCAGGCUGAACCGACACUCUGAAACAGAUCACGACCAGGAUGCGCUGACACCCAGGCCGCGGCAAGGAAGCUCAGGAUACGGGCCCGAUUACCGACCUCGGAGGCAGAGUGGUGGGCCAGGCCAUUUGUUGUUCACGUUUGAUGUGUCGGCGUCUUCGAGUGCCGACUUUGAGAGUGAGGAGUACGAGGACAGUGAGAUCGACGAUCGGGAGGAGUUGUAUUCCAAGCAUUUGCAGGCGCAGUACACCCGGCUUCAGCAAUCGCAACUUCGCCAAUCGUCCACGGAUGGUGGUAGUGCUCUUUCGGCGGCAGUUAUGGCGGCAGGAUCAAGAUUGCCGAGCAAUGGCGGCGAGCACAAUAUCCCAUAUUUGGCGAAGCGUGGACAGCGCAAGUCGCUGGGAGAUGAAUUGGAUUUGCCACCUGUGCCCGAGAAGAGCAUGCAGAGGAAACGAGUGUCGACCAUGGGCUCGACGACCUUGCCGGCCAUGUCGACUUCAUUGGCUUCAGCCCUCUCUGUUGCCAACAACUCCUCCAACUCCGGGGCGUCGGAGGCUCUGUCAUCCAUUACCCGUUCCAACACGACUGGUCACCAGAAGCUCAAGGGACCGUAUGGAGGUGGGGCGAUUGGUGGAGGAGGAGCCAUUGGAGGAGGUGGUGGCAGUAUUGGCGGCAAUUCAUUGUCGUUUGAGCCGCUCUUUGCUCUCAAAGAUUCAGGAUCAGACAGUAGCAGCAAACGAGUAGGAGGAAGCGAUUCGAAAGUACUGUUGCAGGGAGGUGGAGAUGGUGGAGCUUUGGGGAGCCGACUCUCGGAAGUCUCGGAUGCUGAUUGGUCCACGGCUCUCUUGACCAUCGACCCUAACCAGCAGGGCGUGUCUAUCAUGGAUCUGAGUAAGAGGGGACUGACUGAAGUUCCCUCGGGUCUGCCGUCCACCAUCACUCAUCUGCGCCUCGCCUACAACUUGGUCCAGAUCCUGACGCCCAUCACCAGUCUGACGGUUCUUCACCAUCUCCAAGUGCUGGACUUGUGCGACAACCAAUUGGAGAUCCUCCCUCCCGAGUUGGGUCUGUUGACUCGUCUGAAGGAGCUCUAUCUGUCGAACAACAAGCUGUACAAGCUGCCCGAUACCAUCCAGCGAAUGGCUCGCCUGGAAGUUCUCGAUGUGCGGAAUAACCAGUUCUAUCUUCUGAAUCCCAUUGUUGGACGACUCAAAGCCCUUCGUCAACUGGAUGUAAGGCAUAACCAGCUCAAGUCCCUCCCUCCAUCGCUCUACAUGCUCUCGUCAACCCUCACACUCCUCUUGGUCGACGGAAACCAGUUUGUCCAGCCCUUCUCAGACCUGCUUCAACCCCUCAUGUCGGACGACACCGAUUCCCAGGCCUCGACGUCUGCACGCCAGUCCUACCUCGGCGAUGACCCUUAUGGCGAUUCUGGAAACAGUUCUGGCGUCAGGAAGAUGUCUACAGGAGGAGGAAUGUAUGAACCAUGGAGGAGGUCGGUCGCUCCUCUGCAGCCUAGACGUGGCAACAAUGGCGGUGUCCCUGUUCUGGCCAAGCGUCGAUCUCAUGGCGAUUUGAUGACCCUCAUUGGUCUUCAGAAGCGGGACAGUAAUGCCUCGACGGACGACCUACUGAACUCUGCUGCCUUGGAUUACAACAACAACAAGUCCAACACCAUCUCGACUUCUUCUGGAGCGUACAUCGCAGCCUCUAUGGGUACCGACGGUGCAGCUGCAGCGGCUACUAGACGGGAACGGUCAGUCUCGACCUCGACCCUGACGCCCCUGACAGAGAUACAUUCUUCGUCGCCCCACCCCUUGUCGUUCAGCAAAAUGUUCAAGUCGAUUCGCAAGAACAGCAAGGCAUCGUUAAAGGACAACAACAACUCUUCAGCUACGGUCUCGGCCAGGAUCAACGACCCCAAGCGCUACUCCUUCAGCAGUGAUGUCGACCUUUCAGCGGGAGAUCUCGAGUCGGAGGCAUCUCACCCUCAGGAGCCAACAGAGUCCAAGCCCAACUCUCGUGGAUCCAACCAUGGUGUCAGCAGGAGAGCUACCUCGGGAGGCAUCAACAGGUGGGUCAAGGACCGGUUCCAUAAGCGGACCAACUCUAACGAGCUCGGCAACCUUCAGGCCAACAACGCGUCCAUGACUUCCCUUCACUCCAGCAACGGCGGUGCUUUGGACCUGUUGGAUGGACAGCAACCUAUCCGGGAUUCUGGAUAUGGAGUUGUCGGCGGUAGUUCGACCCCGACCCCUGAGCUUGGUGCUUCGACAAGGAUCAUUGGAAACCGUCAUCAGAACAAGAGCACAGGACAUUUGCCCUUGGGAAACCCCUUUGCCUCUCGCGACGGUACCCACCAGCUCUCGUCUUCUUUUGACCCUUCCCAGAGGAAAGAACGCGACUACCGGUAUAGCUACAUGAGUAUGGAGAGCCAGGUCACCCAGGGAACCGAGAUUGACUCUGAGGCGAUGGAUCUGGAUGCAUUUUCUCAACAGCAGCACCGGCUGUCGUCCGUUCAUUCGCCUACGACUCCUCUCCCUUCGUCGCCUAUCAUGGGACUUUCGAGCAACCAGUCCGCAGGACCAGGUAACAACUGGAAUGCGGCGACUCCUCGGUAUGGCCAGAGUGCAGCCCACAUCAAGCCUCUGAUGCAAUACCUCAAGGACCUUCACGACCUUGACCCUGAUUCUUCCGAGUGGGAAGAGGUUUACGCCUGGCGUCGUGUCUGGAACGCUGAGCGCGCGGCGCCUGCAGGAUUGGGCGGCGGCAAUGCCAACACCCCUGCUUCUUCCCAGGCCAACAAGGACUCUGACGAACCUACGGAUGAUGCGAUUCUGGAGCAGGAGAAGCAGGAUCAAUUGGCCAAGAGCGAGGAGGUUCGUCUGGCCAAAUUGCGGGCUCAGGCUUCAAGACGUCGCAGGAUUGUUGAGGAGAUUAUGACGACUGAGAGGACCUACGUUGAGGGGCUCAAGGGGUUGGUUGAGAUCUAUCUUACCCCGGCCUUGCAAAUCAUGCCCCCCGGUGAUCACAAGGCGGUCUUUUCGAACGCCCAGGCAAUCUAUACCUUCCACGCGAACCAUUUCUUGCCCGAGCUGGAGAAGGCGUACAAGAUCUCGCAGUUUGAAGCUGCAGCUGCUUCUGCUUCCCAGCAGGGUAAGGACACCUUGGCGGCGCAGAUGAUGAGUCCCGUCAGCCCUGUGCCGACUUCAUCUUCCCAGUUCUUGUCGGACCCCUCCGCCCCUUCUUCGGCUGCUUCUUCGUCCACAGCUUUGGUCCCCGACAGUGGAUCCAAGCAGGCCUCUGACAUCUCUGCCAUCAGCAGCAGCCAGGAGCAGCAGGAUGAGACAACCAACCGGGACUCCCAGGCCCUCUCCGAGUCAUCUGCCACCGCGCCGACCACACCUGCCACUUCCGCGACAACAGCGAUCAAGGUUGAGGACAGGAUCGGUCGAGUUUUUGCCGAGCACGUGGCUUAUAUGAAGAUGUACAGCUUCUACAUCAACAACUUUGACAAUGCCCUCCGGGUCCUCCAGACCCAGUUGACACAGGCUAAGCACAAGAAGAAGAUGAAGGAGUUCCUGAGAAGAUGUGCGAAGCACCCGAACCACACCCAGCUCGCCCUCCAGGGUUACUUGCUCCUCCCUGUCCAGCGUAUCCCUCGUUACAAGCUCUUGCUCCAGGAUCUGCUCGAGAACACCUGGGUCGACCAUGUAGAUUACCAGGACAUUGCGACGGCGCUGGAAGAGAUCUCGACCCGUGCGGAUGAGAUGAACGAGCGGAAGCGACAGUAUGAGAACCAUGAGAAGGUCUUGCUCGUCCAGAACCGCAUCAUUGGACAGUACAAGACCCCGCUUGUUCAGCCUCAUCGCAAGGUUGUGAGGGAGGGUAUGUUGCAUUUGAUCCGUGUGGUUACCAGGAAUGUGUCGAUGAUGGGACUGGAUAACAAGUCUUCGUCAUCCCUCCUCGCCGCCGCUGGUACUCCUGCUGCAGCUGCUGCCCCAUCGGCUCCUACGGGAGACAUGACGGUCCAUCACCUGUCGGAGGAGACGGUCGAAAAGUCGUUCCUGUUCAUCUUGUUCAACGAUAUCAUGAUCCAGUGUAACCCCAUCACUGGCAAGCCGGUCUCUGGAGGUCUGGCCGGAAGUUUGGCCGCCAUGAACGGAAGCAGUGUUACACUGGGUUCGUCCGCUGGUGCCUCAAACGGUGGAGGCUCGGCCAGCGGUACUGGUGGUGCGAGUGGUGGAGUGGGAGGUGCUGGAGGGGAUGCUGCGAAUGCUGUGGCCAAGAACUUGGAGCUCCAGCGUGUUCUUCAACUCGAGUCGCGUCUCCACCCCGCCCAAGUCAUUGGCAACGAUGUUCUUCGUGUGGUGGAUGAUGCAAUGGUUCUGUACCUGACGGGCGACAAGGAUGUGAUCCAGGCCUGGAAGGAGGACAUCAACUCGCGUUGGUAG